UAUUAAACGCUUAAUUGUCUACGAUAUUUAGUGAAAAAGAAUUAAGUUCUUAUAGUGAAACAAAUCAACAAAAAUGGCAUCAUUCUUCAACAAUCCAUUCUCAACUCCAAUUGGACAACGAAUAGAGCAAGCUACUGACAGUUCUUUGGCAUCCGAGAAUUGGGCCUUGAAUAUGGAAAUAUGCGACAUGAUUAACGAAUCUUCGGACACGGCACGUGAUGCCAUGAAAGCCAUACGCAAAAGACUGUCACAAAAUGCCGGCAAAGAUAAUCAGGUUAUUAUGUAUACCUUGACCGUACUCGAGACAUGCGUUAAAAAUUGCGGUAAAGCAUUUCAUGUGCUAGUUGCUCAAAAGGACUUCAUUCAAGAGCUAAUCAAAUUAAUUGGCCCCAAAAAUGAUCCGCCAGCGGUAAUGCAAGAAAAAGUAUUAAGUUUAAUACAAAUCUGGGCAGAUGCUUUUAAGAAUCAACCCGAUUUGAAUGGUGUUACGCAAAUGUACAUGGAGUUGAAGAAUAAGGGUAUUGAGUUUCCACAGACAGAUAUCGAACAUUUAGCACCCAUUUACACACCACAGCGUAGUGUACCUGAGCCACCGCCACAGGUUGUUCAACAGACAAUUUCACCACAACACGCUAUACCCAUGGCGCCACAUAAUAAUGGACCCACCGUUUUGAGUGCAGAACAAACAACUAAACUGCAAUCUGAAUUGGAGGUGGUUGCACAUAAUAUGUCAGUGUUGGGCGAAAUGUUGACCGAAUUAAAACCGGGGCAAGAGGAUCCCGACGACUAUGCUCUACUCACGGAAUUGACAGCUACGUGCAAAGAAAUGCAGGCCAGAAUCGUCGAUUUAAUCGGACGCAUCAAUGACGAUGAGCUCACCGCUGAGUUGCUGCGUCUUAACGAUGAAUUGAACAAUUUAUUUUUGCGCCAUCAACGAUAUGAAAAGAAUCGAACCAGCAGUAGCGCAACUUCGCCUUCGGCCAUUUUGGGUGCUGCUAUUGGUGUGCCACCACCCACAACUAGUGCCUCACAAGCUAGUGCAAUACCAAAUGAUUCACGUCUAAUAGAUCUGGAUGCGCGUGCUGAGAAAUUAUCAAAUACAUUCAGCGCCAUGAAUACCAACCCAGCUAAGCCGUUAAACAAAGAUAUUGAUGAGUUCGAUAUGUUGGCGCAAUCACGGACCGACACUAAUAAUAAAAGUGAUCUGCUAAAAGACAUUCCCACUGUAGAUGCGGCAGCAGGCAGCGUCAAUUUGCCAUUCAAGCGCACCAAGGAAACUGCUGUUGUUAGCAAACCGGCAAGAGAAAACGAAGUUGAUGAAAUGGAGGCAUGGUUAGGCAGUUCUAAGGAAGGCGCUGAAGGCUUUGAGGAAACCCUAACUAGCACCGAAUUCGAUAAAUUCUUGGAGGAGCGUGCAGCAGCUGCCGAAAAUCUUCCCAAUAUAGCGGCUGCCAAUACGAAUAGCAGCGUCACUAGCAACGCUGGUGCAGAUAAUCAAAAGAAAUCGUCGACUAAAAAACCUGGUGAUGAUGAUUUACUACUUCUAUGAGGAUGCAACUUCGAUAAUCGCGCACAUAAAACAUAACCAUUUUUUAAAUGUCUAUAGCUAGCAUUAGUAAAAUGCAAGAAACUAUAUUGUAUUUAUUAUAAUUUAAAAUAACGUUAGAGUUGGCAAAUUAUGUUUCCCAAUAUGUUAUUUACUAUAUAAGUAUUGUAUUGCAGCUAAAUGUAUGGCAUACCUUUUUUUCCUGCACAUGCACAUAAAUUCAGGCAUUGAGGCUGCGCGCUCACCAUGAAACCCCUAAAAAAAUUAUUGAAUGAAUUCAGCUGUUGCAUUCAUUGUUCAUGCUGGUAAUAUGUGUCCAGUACUUUUUUAUAUAAAUAUAUUUACUUGAGUAUCACCAAAAACACACUCACCUACACAUAUUGACCAAAGCUCAAAGUUGAAUCUGUUUAACUUUUGUACAUACAUACAUACAUAUAUAUGUAUAUACAUAUAUUUAUGUAAAUGUAUUGAGUUGAAAGUUCUGUAAUUCGAUAAAGACUAAAUGUAUUAUUUCCUUACUAUAUUUGCGUGCAUUGCAUGUCUUUGAUUGUUAACAUUUUCUAGUAAUUUUUUGUGUAUAUUUUAAGUUUUGUUAUAUAAUAUAAUUCAGUUAAUACCAAUUGUAAUUAAUAUCCAUAUUAUUUGCUUAUAUUGUAUAUUAUUAUGCUUUGAUGUACAUACAUAUACAAAAACACAUACAUAUUAAAAUAUUCAUACAUUUAUAUACAUACAUAUAUGCACAUAAUGUAUUGGCUAAUGGUAAUUUCAAAAAAAAAAAGAAAAAAAUUAGUGCAUUGCUGGUUUUCAGUAAAAAAAAAAUCUGAAAUUGUUUUUAUGCAAUUUAAAGAUAGAAUUAUGUAUUCAUAUUAACUUAAUAAUUAUAAAUUUUAUUUACAAUCAUUUUAUGAAAGAAAACUAUAAUGUUUAAACAUAAUAAAUACUACUACUAUACAGUA